CUGCGCUCAUUAGCAUAUGACGCGGGAAGGCGGAAGCGGCGGAGGCAUGGGGCGGGGGGGGACCGCGCUGCGCCUGGCGCUGGAGGGCAACAUCGCCGUGGGCAAAUCGACCUUCCUGAGGCUGCUGGGUGCCACCUUCCCGCGGUGGCACUUGGUGACCGAGCCUGUGACCCAAUGGCGCAAGGUGCCGGGCAGCGGCGGCGGCGGCGCGGCAGAGGCAUCUGCAGGCACUGCCAACCUUCUGCAGCUGAUGUACCAGGAGCCUGAGCGCUGGUCCUACACCUUCCAGACCUUCUCCUGCAUCAGCCGCAUGAAGAUGAUGCUGGAGCCACCUCCCGAGCAGCUCCCUGGGCCCCCCCACCCCGUGAGGGUCUUUGAACGCUCCGUCUACAGUGACAGGUAUGUCUUUGCCAAGAACCUCUCUGAGGUGGGGCACCUGCAGCCGUUGGAGUGGGCCAUUUACCAGGACUGGCAUGAGUUCCUGCUGCGUCAGCUGGGCACCCAGAUCGCCCUCCAUGGCUUCCUCUACCUGCGAGCCACACCACAGACGUGCCUGGAGCGGCUGCGGCGGCGGGCGAGGAGCGAGGAGGGUGGUGUCCAGCUGGGCUACCUGCAGCAGCUCCACAGCCAGCACGAGCAGUGGCUGCUGGACAGGACCACGGAGGUCCACUUUGAGGAGGUGAAGCAGGCACCUGUGCUGCUGCUGGACGUGGACAAGGACUUCGAGCACGAUGAGGCCAUGCAGAGUGUCCUCAUGGCACAGGUGGAGGCUUUUGUGAGGUCGCUGCAAGCUGAGGCUUUGCCAUCUGAUCCUGACCCUCACUGAGCUCUGGCAGCAGCCUCCCAGCCCAGCAGUGCCCUCACCAGAGCUGGGAAAGUGGCAUCACCUCCACGAGCUCCAGCCCAAGGUCCUGACACCAGCAGACAAAUCCUGGUCCCCAGUGUCCCCUUUGGCCCCUCUGUUUGGGGCAGGGGCUGCUUUGAAGGGCUGAUGAGUUCUAGGGUGCUCCCUGCCUGUGCUUUGGGGAUCAGCAUCACCACCACCUCUUCCUCAUCCAUAGGGAUUCCCAGCUGGGAAUGCUGGAGCCAGUGGUUAAAUCCCAGUGGGAAUGUUGGAGUUCUGAUAAUUUAUUAUUUAUUAGAUACCUUUUCCCCCUUCCUUUAAUUAAAAGCAAAGAAUCUUUGA